AUGCGCAUCGAGAAGCUCGAGGCCGAAGUGGCGAUCCUGCGAGACCAAAUGCAGAUGCCGACACGACAACUGCAGUGCCGCAAUCAUAGCCAAUACCUCGUGCCAAUAUUCUGUGAAAGGCACGACAGCGUCACAUCAGUAUCGUCGCGAAGCGCCAUCCUUUUCGAUGCAAUAGUCAGCAUCGGCUGUCGAGCUGACGAAGGUUUUAACACAACCAUUUAUCGCCAACUUCAGGCUCGAGUGCGCGACCACAUCACCCAUCUCAUCAUCAACACUAGCGUCCCUACGAUUGAGGAUAUCCAGGCCGUAACUCUGGUGGCUGCAUAUUCUGAAAAUGGCUUUGUCUUGAUUGCCAUGGCACUUCGAUUUGCUAUGCAACUUGGAUUACCUCAUGCUGUCGAUCGGCUAAUUGGGAAAGGCCAUGCUAGAUCAAGAGCCAUUUCCAGCGAUGAGAGGGAGCUUUAUAGGCUAUGCAGAGUCUGGCAUGGCAUUUGCAACCUUGAACUUUUUUUCUCGCUCGAUGGCGGAAAACUUCCUGGCUUGACCCUUCAGAUCUCACCACGGAAGAUCAGAAGCCUCCUAGCCCAUCCGGAGCGUACAUCAGUGGACAUCCGCCUGCUCUCCCAAGUAGAGCUCAACAUCAUCCGUACUGAAGCGUAUACCAAGAUCAUGGGCCGGAACAGCGACUUUCUGUCUCAACAAAGCGAAGAACAGCUGCGGAUUGCGGUGGAUGAAGCGAGUGUUGAGCUAUCGCUAUGGCUCGAAGAAUGGAGAAGCAUUGUUUCGACCGAGCCCAUAUCGCAGAGACGAGGACUUGCCUUGCAGAAUCUCCAGAUCCAACAUGAAUGGGCUAUGAUGACUUUAUACCUCAAAGCCGUGGCGUCCUCUGGUAUCGAAAAUAUCGCCUUCAUGACUGACUUCCAGCGAGACUUCAUCUGUAGAGCUAAGGAGGCAGCAAGCCGCCAUUUGCACUACAUGCUACAGUCAUCUUCUUCGGCAUCGCCAAUCUCGUCUCCGGCAUCGACCACACAAACCACUGCAUCCACCUACCUGAGCACGUUUCGCUGGACACUAGACUAUGUCUGGGCAAAAUGUGCCGUCUCUGUUCUCCUCGUUCUCAAACUAGCCAUACUUCUCCGCGACCCGGUUCCUGCAGUCAUGGUCCUACUCCGCGACGCGCACAGGGUGCUUGAGGAACUCAAGACCGUCACCGUCGGCCACAUUGCCUAUUUCCAGAUCCUCCAGACGAGUAUCGAGAAGUGUGAGGCUGCUUUGAGGGAGUAUGCUGCUGAGCAGGAUCCGAGUUUAGGCCCUGAAAGCGCACCGAGCAGAAAUGGAAGCCUUGCUGAGACGGAGUUCCAGGGCUAUGUGCCCAGUGAGUUUGUGUUUGAGUGGGACUUUCCAGGGCUAAAUUUGAAGCACAUGCCGCUUGGAUGGCAGGAUCUGUUUGUCAAUAUCGAUAACUUGUUCUGA